AUGGGGAAUCAUGAAAUCAGAGUUGCAGGAAGUGAGAUAAACCAGGUAAAGCUCUCAACAUCGAACCCGGCAUAUACCAAGUACUCCAGAUGUCUAUUCUCUAAUUCUAGUGGGUUUUGUCCUUUUUCCUCAGAUGCAAUGGGAGAUGAGCUAGAUAUUCCCGUUAUAUCUGCAGCUCUUAUAUUCAACUUCUGGUGGGACUACCAAGAGGCCUCCAAUUUGGAACAAUUUGUAACUCGAUUUUUAUUGAAGGAGACCUUGAAUCAGCUGCAGUCUCUCCAGAAUUCUCUGGAAUGUGCCAUGGAAACUACUGAGGAGCAAACCCGUCAAGAAAGGCAAGGGCCGACCAAGCCAGAAGUCCUGUUGAUUCAGUGGCCUGGAAAGCGAUCAAGUCGCCGAGUCCAGAGACACAACAGCUUCUCACCUAAAAGCCCUCAGUUUAGUGCCUGUGGUCCAGGCUUAUUAGAAGAAGAUAACCAGUGGAUGACCCAGAUCAAUAGACUCCAGAAAUUAAUUGAUCGACUGGAAAAGAAGGAUCUCAAACUUGAACCACAGGAAGAAGAAGUUAUUGAAGGGAAUACUAAAUCUCACAUCAUGCUUGUCCAGCGUCAGAUGUCUGUGAUAGAAGAGGACUUGGAAGAGUUCCAGCUUGCUCUGAAGCACUAUGUGGAGAGCGCUUCCUCCCAGAGUGGAUGUUUGCGUAUUUCCAUACAGAAGCUUUCCAAUGAAUCUCGGUACAUAAUUUAUGAGUUUUGGGAGAACAGCAGUGUGUGGAAUAGCCACCUUCAGACGAAUUAUAGCAAGACAUUCCAAAGAAGCAACGUGGAUUUCUUGGAAACUCCAGAACUCACAUCUACUAUGCUAGUUCCUGCUUCAUGGUGGAUCCUGAACAACUAGAUGUUCCUAGACAUUUUCUUUAUGGUUCUAAGUGCAAAACAAGUAUUCUUAUCUAAAAUGUGAAUUAGAAAAUUCUCUGCAGUUACUAAUCUGUAUACUUUUGUUUAAUAUAUUUAAGAUGUGCACUCUUCUAAAAUGUCUUCUAUAUCUUUCAUGUGAAGCUUAGCUAAAUUUUUGAAGUUCACUAUUCUCAAUUUUUGCUGUUUUGCUACAUUGUAACCUAAAACCCUUUAGUGGCAAAAUCCUAAUAUGUAAAAAAAAAAAGUACACAUAAAGGAAAAAAAUUGUGAAAAAGAAAUGAUAAAAAAUAAUUGAAGUGGAAACUUUUAGAGUAUCACUGCAUAGGCUAUAGCUUUUGUAGAUUUGUCAUAAACUAUCAAGAUUAAAUCAGUGUUUUGUCAUUUUUAAGUAACUGAUUUUCUGUGAAUGAACUUUAUUCUUUGGUAGUGCUCACUCCAUUCCCAACUCAUGAUCUUAUGAGUAUUCACUUUACUGGAAAAGCUAGUAUGUGACCCAAAAUGGUGUCCUUAUGUGCAGAGAGAGCGACAGCAAGUGCACAGAGAAAAGGCCACAUGAGGUCACAGAAAGAAGGUGCCAACAGCCAGCCAGGAGAGGCCUCAGAAGAAAUCAACCUUGCUAGCACCUUAAUCUUGGACUUCCAGUCUCUAGAACUGUAAGAAAACACUUUUCUGUUGUUUAAGCUAAAAAAAAAAAAAAUGUUAAUACAUGAGCAUACAACAGUCUUGGCUGUAAUCUAUAGACUCUAUAUACCUAUCAGGUUAUAAACUGGUUUUUCACAAGUGAACAAUUCUGUGGUAGGGUACCAUUUAGUACUGUAACACCAUUAUAUCAUUUAUUAGCAUCAUAAUUCCCUUAUAUGUAAGUUCAACAAAUCAAGAAAAUAGAAUUUUACUUUCAGAAAAGCUGAUUCAAAUUUUUUGGCAUAUGAUCCAGAAGACUAAUUUUCUUAUGAAAAAUAGACAUUUGCAUUUAAAUAAUAAUUUCAAAAUAUUUAAAUAAUAAAAUUUUAACCUCAGUAAACAAAGAAGAAAUAUAAAACAAGCACAAAACUUUAAGGAAGUAAUAAAAUAGGAAAGGUACUAGACAGAAAACUUUUUUCCAAUUUCAACACUAGAAUGACAAUUCUAGUUUCACCAGAACAGUUGGUGUGUUCUGUGUACCUAAUAUAUUUGCUAUACAAGCUCAUAUAUUUUUAAUAAAAUGUCUUCUGAUAAAUGCUGCUAAUAAAAAUCCAGGGCAUAUGAAGUUUGUUACCAUGUUAUUCUAUAGUCCAAAUUCCUUUGAAACCACAGGUCUUCAAGGAAAAACUUUUUUUUUUUUUUACUGUUGGGAAAACUCAGAAGGUUGAACUAAAUUAUAUUUUUAAAUAUAAAAUUUGACCUAAAAUAUUUUCUCAAAUGAAUUUAUGGAAUAUUAGCUUCAAUCAAAGGUAUACCUUUGUAUACCCCUGGGUCCUCAUCCAUCUAAGUAAAAAUUGUUUUCAUAGCUUCUACGAGACAAGGGCAGUAAAUUUUGACAUAUACACACACACAGACACAAAAGCGUGUGUGUAUAUAUAUAUCUGUCUGUCUCUGGUCAUUUCUAAAGAUGACAAACACUAUGAAACAACACCUGGCUCAACUCUUUUAAUUUAUAUACAAAGCAGAGAACAUUAAUGGAGAUGUACAAUGAUUAUUCAAACAAGUUAUACAUAUGUACAAAGGUAAACAGAUAAUAUAACAGUCUUUGCAAUCUCACUCUGAUUAUAUACAGUGACUUUUGACAUAAAACUCUUCUUGAAAGGGUUGGUUAUGAAUGGUUUCAAAAAAUACAAAUUAUAGCCAAUCAAAACAUUUCAAUAUUAGAUUCAGAAAGUACCUAAGUCUUUUAAGUGUGAGGCAGUUUCCAAAGUACAAUGUGGUAUGACUUUAAAAAGGUUUCUGCCCUCAGUAACAGUGCUGAGCGGAAGGGCUCUUUAGAUUCCAAACUGGAAUAGGUUAUAUCAUCGUUUUUUUAACUAGAGUAAAAAAAAAAUUUUGAGAAUAGGUAAAUAAUAAAGCAAACCAAUUUAAUUAUGUUAAUACUGGCUCCAGCUCUUAUACAAAUUAUACAUAAAUUGUGUGUAUAUAUACAUAUAUACACACUGGAACCUACAAUAAUAUAAAGGGAAAAUAGGACAAAAAAUAAAUGAAAAAUCUGGGCCCUAGGUUUAAAUGUAUCAUUUUUAAGUAACCCAUAAAUUUAUGGUUUUACUGUAUUUUUUUUCCCUAUUUACAAAAAAAAAUUUGGGGGGGAACAAAGUAAUGAAAAGUAGUGUACUAAAAGACCAAAAUGGGAAGUCUACCAUGGACUAAAGCUUGAAUCCAGGUAACAAGCCCAAAGACCAGUGGUUUUAGGAGUUCAGAAUUCAGUUUAUCAUAAACUUUCUGCCAAAUGAUGGUCUUGAAUGCCUUGCCAGUAGACCUGGGGAUCUGAGACAAUAGAAGUAGGGAGAGUUUACACUUACCGUUAUAUCAGCAAUUUUUUUUUGACACUAUGCUGGAAGAAACUUUUUUUCAAUAGUAACAUCCAGAGUGACAAAAUGCAGGAAAUUUUAUAUAAAAUUUCUAGGAGCUAAAAGUUUAGCCCCCAAAUUCUUCAUCCAUACAUGUUCUUGUCAUAAGAAAUUAUAGAAUUGAAACAAUGUACCUCAGUUAUUUGCAAAUGCCUAAAUUUUUCCUCUUUUGGAAAUAAAAAUAUGUUUUAUUUUGCAAUUGCCCAACUUCUGUUCAUGGGGUCUGAUUACAGACAACAAGUAGCAGCUAUUUUUCACCUUAAGUUUCAUUGUUUCCAAAUUGUCAAUCUCUGCUAGUAAUUAUGAAUCUUAAACAAUUUUAUCAAAAACCUGGAGACCAAAGAAAUACCUAUUAAAAUAUUCUCCUUCCUGUCAUUGAGAACUAUGCAUUGAACAUCCUGGGUCAUUUUAAGCCUCUGGAGAGAUUGUGAAGAUCCUUUCAGAGUGCUGGUAGGAAAUCAGUGGAAAACAGAACAAAAGCCAACUUUAAAAGCAACAAGAAAUUAUGCGCCAUAUAUACAUUAUAGCAAAUACUUUAUAUUUGAGAAUCUUUACAGCUUACAUUUCCAUUCCAUUAUUACAAGAGAUGAAAAAAAAAAUUGCAAGUAGCAUGCAAAUUAUAAAUACAGCCUUCCCACUUUACUAACCAAAUUCUUACUUUCCAGUGUUACUUUCCAAUUUAUGCAGGAAACUGCCUGCAAAGCUGCAACUGAUUAGAAAAUUCUUUAUAGUUUAAAAUAUUUUAGGAGAAACCAAAUACCCAACCAUCAAAAUUAAAAAUAAACUGUAUUGUCACAGUCCAUUACUGUUAUUGUUACUAGAUCCACUUCAUUUGCAGGUGUCCAAAAUAGAAAACGAAUAAUUCUUUAUCUUCAAAUUCAUCUGUUCUUAAAAUGCUACUUAAAACUUUGGCGGUUUUCCUGUAACAUAGAAGAAAAGUUAAUUUACCAAUUAAUUUGAAUGAAUACAGUUUUUACUACUUAGUUUAUCAAACCAAAUACUGUGAUCCUAUUAAAUGUUUACAGAUCUUAAAUGCAUGUUGCUAUAGAAAGUAUUGAAUUUGUCAAAACAGUUCUAUGUUUAAAAAAUAUGUAAUUCAUUUUUAAAUGUACUAGAUUGUAUUCCAAACCUGUUCUGCUGUUGUGGUACCUGGCGUGUUCAAAAUGGUAUGUCAAAAUUUUAUUUACAAAAUAAAAGAGAUGAAAUAAGUCUGCAAAUGAAAAA